UUGGCCUUUAUGGACUUACCCUUCAAACCACGCCGUGGCUUCUGGUGGGUGCUGGCUGUUAACAUGUCUCCAGUAAGGUUGCUCUUAUCUUGUCUGCUUUUAAAAGAGACGUUUGCGCUGACUGGGCGCUUUUGGCAUAUCACGGAUUUGCAUUGGGACCCAACUUACAAACUGACAGACAAUCCAGAACUUGUAUGCUCGUCCAGCGGUAAAAGACCCGCAUCCGGUGCUGGUAAAUUUGGAGACUAUGUGUGUGACUCACCAUGGGAACUCAUCAACUCCUCUAUGUAUGCUAUGAAGAAGAUUCUCCCAGAUCCCGACUUUAUUGUAUGGACAGGAGAUGACACACCACAUGUGCCAAAUGAGGAUCUCGGAGAAGAGGCAGUGGUCAACAUUGUGGGCAACCUAAGUCACCUCCUAACUGAGGUGUUUCCAGACACUAAAGUUUACUCUGCCUUGGGCAAUCAUGACUACCACCCCAAGAGUCAGCUUCCUGGAGCCCCAAACUAUAUCUAUGACCGGAUAUCAGAUAUGUGGCAAAAGUGGUUAGAUCCAGCGUCCAGAGAAACAUUUAAAAAAGGCGGAUAUUACACAGAAAGGCUGCUGAACCGUGCAGGGUUGAGGAUGCUGGUCCUGAACACCAACCUCUACUACGACCAAAACAAGGAGACCAAGAACUCGGAUGACCCAGCAGGCCAGUUCAGCUGGUUGGAUCGUAUUCUUACAGAGGCAGCAAACAACAAAGAGAAGGCAAAUGUCUGUUUACAGUGUCAGGUUUUCUUUGAGUUGCUGGGCUUACUGUGUGAUGUUAUUGUCUACCAGGUGUACAUCAUUGGUCAUGUGCCCCCCGGUUUCUUUGAAAAGAAAAGAAGUAAACCCUGGUUCACAUCGAGGUUCAACAGGCUUUACUUGGAUAUAAUUCUGAAGCACCAUUCUGUCAUCAUUGGUCAGUUCUUUGGCCAUCACCAUACUGACAGCUUCCGCAUGUUCUACAAUGCAGAGGGCUUACCUAUAAGCACAAUGUUUCUCAGCCCUGGAGUCACACCGUGGGAAACGACCCUUCCUGGAGUGGUCAAUGGAGCAAAUAACCCUGGGAUUCGUGUUUUUGAAUAUGACAGAGACACUCUCCUGGUCAAAGAUGUGGUGACGUAUUAUAUGAACCUCACCCAAGUCAAUGCAGACGCAGAAAGAUGGGAGAAAGAGUAUCGGCUCACGGAAAGUUUCAGAGUGCCAGAUGCCUCUCCAGCCUCUAUGCACCGGGUUCUGGAACAAAUAGCCACCGAUCCCUGCUACCUGCAAAAAUACUAUCAUUUCAACUCCGUCUUCUACGACCUUACAGACUGUGACAGUGACUGCCGUGUUGACCAUGUAUGUGCAGCUAGAGAGGUAGACUUUGAGAGGUACGAACAGUGUCUGGUGAAAGAAGAGGCAGUUUCCAUUCAUGGUGGAAUGUUGGUGAUCCUUUCUGUGGCUGCAAGUCUGGUGAUUUCCUGUUGGUACUGA